AUACCGUUUCACUAUGGUUGGGCUGAAGUUUAUACUCAUUUGGAUACUUGUAACUAAGGUUGCAUUAGGGAAAAUAACCUUCUUUAUCCAUGUUGAUGAAGUAACGACCGAUGGAAAAAUCCAUGGUGGUGCCUGCUGUCAGGGUGUAUCUGGGACGAAGUGUACAAAACUGUGUAAACCGGUCCUCACUGUAUGCCUCAAGACCAGAGAUCAUCCCUGUAUAACCAGCUUUACCACGACUCUUGAUAUAAGACGAAAACAAGUGUUUUUUGGAUCCAAAGUGGGCAAUACAACAAACCCUCAAUUUCUUGAUGUCGAUACCUGGAAUAAAUAUACAGGCAAAAUAGCAGUUAGCGUGAGAGAUCAACAGACAUCCUCUCUGCCCCUCAUCUUCCAGACAGAGUUCUCUGAAUACAAUUUGAAUAUAGGACAAAAUAUAUUGUCACAGAAUUGGAAACAGCAGAAGCUAGCAGCCAACUAUAUUAGAGACAAAAACUCAUUUGGGUGCAUUUCUAUUUACAUUUAAUGUAUUUAUACCAAAUAGUCAUACAGACUUCUAUAUGAAUUUAAUUUUUGGGAAUGACUACAGAAAUAACAUUUGAAUUUCCUGGAUUCAUCAAGGUAGCCCAUGAACAACUACUAGUAUUAUGUUUUAUGUUUAAUAUAUUCAACUUUGAUCACAAAAAUCUUAGCGUUAUUUCACUCCAGUGUUUGAUUUAUAUCAGCUUCAUCAUAAUUUUAAAUUAUGUAUUCAUGCAUUA